CCUUUAAGAGGGAGGUGAAUGACAGGCAGCAGGACCGAGAAUGUUGGAAACUGAACACCAGAAAGUCAGUGUGGAGUAAAAGGGAGGCUGGAUUGGAGAGAGUGCGACGUAUUCAUCAGCUGUGCGCUUACAGUCUCAGGUUUUGCUGUAAGCCGUUGAUAGACAGAGGCGUAUUAUUCAUUGACACGAGGAAACCACAUUUUGCAUGCGGCGUUAUCGAUUCUGCGGGCCCAGAGACUACGGAAAGACUGAAGGAAUAAAGUUUGGGGAGCGCAAAGCGCAGCGCACAGUUCUUUCGGAGUUGAAUGUGUGAGCCCAGUCCACCUGCUCUGCAUCCCCAUGCCAAGAGCAAUGUGACCAUGGUGGGUGUUGGUAUCAAGCUUGAAGACGACGAAUUGGGAGGUAGAGUUGUCAACCGGGAAUCCUCUCCGGUCUGCGAUUGGUCCGUUCGGCUGCCCUCGGACAGAGACGACUCUGAGAAGUCAGCGUCACAUAACAUUCACUCCUCCUUGGAGAGUUCUCCCAGUAAAGAACCGCUACGAUCACACACACCUGCCAGUCAAGAUGGAGGCAGCCGAGCCCACGAGAAGACUGACAGCAAACCUAACGUCAGUGAGGUGAUGCCCACAAUUGAAAAGCUUCUGAAUACGGACUGGAAAGAAAAGUUCCUUGGGAAGGGUCUUCAGGGCAGCGUCAACCUAAAAGGAACCCCAGAGAGUCUGGCAGAGAAGGAGCUUCAGUUGUUGUUGAUGAUAAACCAGCUCUCUGGUUUGCGAGAGCAGCUGCUAGGAGCUCAUUCUGAGCAGAGGAAUAUGGCUGCUCUACUGCUGGAGAAACAGCAGCAACAGAUGGAAUUGGCAAGACAGCAGCAAGAACAGAUUGCCAAACAACAGCAGCAGCUGAUACAGCAGCAACAUAAAAUCAAUUUACUGCAGCAGCAAAUUCAGCAGGUAAACAUGCCGUAUGUUAUGAUCCCUGCCUUUCACCACAACGCCCAACCGUUGCCAGUCACCUCUGAGGCCCAGAUGGGUUUACCUCUGCAGCCCAUUCCCUGCAAACCAGUGGAUUAUCCCAUGCAGUUGCUGCCCAAUCCACACUCCACCCCGGUCAAAAGAUCCAGUGGUACAGUCUUUCGCCAGGACACCAGUCAACCUCUCAACCUCACGGCUAAACCCAAGACCCCAAGUCCCCAGGCACUGGAACUGGCCCACUUGCAGACAGGGUACCGACCCAGAGAUCUGCCCCACAGCCCUCCUCGAUCUGCCCUCAGCCUGAGCUUCUUGGGAGAGGGUGAUGUUGUGACACAAGCCAUUCAUGAUGCCCAGCAGCUGUUGCGUGGAGGACAAGGCCCGACGGGCAGAGAGAGGGACCGUGAGAGGGACAACAACACAAGGCUGGAGGUGUCUCGAGACCGUAUGGAUGACGGACAGUCCCUGAGAACGAAUGAGGACCACCUCAGCAGUGACUCUGAGGCAGGACAGAUGGCAAUCUCUGGUGUGGGAAGCUAUGGUGAAUCCCGGACUCCCUCCUCUGGCCACAUCAAACGUCCCAUGAACGCCUUCAUGGUGUGGGCUAAAGACGAAAGACGACGUAUCCUGCAGGCGUUCCCUGACAUGCACAACUCCAGUAUCAGCAAGAUCCUUGGUUCCCGUUGGAAGUCCAUGUCCAAUCAGGAGAAGCAGCCGUACUACGAAGAGCAGGCCAGAUUGAGUCGGCAGCACCUGGAACGUUACCCAGACUACAAAUACAAACCCCGACCAAAGCGCACCUGUAUUGUAGAGGGAAGACGACUGCGGGUGGGAGAGUACAAAGCCAUGAUGAAGAGCCGACGACAGGAGCAACGAGUAACGUACCCUCCGAGCCAAUCAGAGCAGCAGCUACCGUACCCCCCCAGUGAAGGACAGUACCCAACCACGCCUGUGUCCAUGGCCUUGCCCUUGCACCCUGCCCUUCUGGAGCACUACCUCCCCCGGCUGGAACCCCCACAGGGCCGAAGUGACGAGACGCGGGAGGCUACACGGCCCAGACAGCCCUACAGCGAAGGCGAGGAGAGUGACACGGGCGAACGCAGUGAGGGAGAGCUGGUUGUCCUCACUGACUGAGAUGGAACAAGGAAAGGAUGGGAGGACAGAGAGGGUGGAAAAUGCAAACGAGGGGGAAUGAGAUGGAGAAAAGAAUCCCUACAAACGUUAUGGUGUCCAAAAUUGGUUUAGAUCAGUGUUUUCCAGUCCAGUUGUGAGGAUGUCCUUGCAAACUGGUUUCAAACCUGCCAGAUCGGUCGCAUGGUCCUCUAGGGUUGGUUAGGAAGGCAGCAGACAUGAUGACAAGUAGUUAAACAAAGGAUAGAUAUUAAUUUUUCAAAAUUUUCCAGUGGUGUAAGCCAGACAUCCAGGAUAGGUCUUACUGACCAUAGCCUGAACUUUUUCAGUCUACAAUAUUCGCUGUUAGACUGCAGAUCUUGAGUUGUUUGAAAGCACUGUGGAGCUGGUGUGCAAAAAAUUGUCUACUGCACAUAUUAAGUAAAUGUUAUCUGCAAAGUGCAUAAGAAAAUGCAAAAGAAUCGGCUCUUCUAGAAGGGGUAUAGAUAAGUAUAUUCAUGGUUGAGUUGUUUGAAAAAGUUCCACGUUAUAUAGUGUCAAAUGAUAGAAUGCAUAAGAAGGAAUGGUUCACCCAAAAAAGAAAAUGAGAUUAGAGUAAACAAUGACAAAAAAAUUAAAUUUUUGGAUGAACGGUUUCUUUAAAUAGCCAAUGGAUGGAAAGCUCAGAAUCAUUAGCCAUAGAAAAAAAAUACUAAAGCCUUUGUGCUUUAUAAUGAUUCUUGAUGUCACCAGGGUUUUCCUGCAAAAGUUCCUGUUAAGACUGUGCCAAGGUACUUUCCAGAGCUCAAGGGCUGAGCAAAAAAAGAAAGAAAGAAAACAAGUGGACUUGGAAAAAGGAAGGAACAUUCCUGAACUCCUUGUCCAGUUUAUCAUAUCUAGUUAUCAGAUAAUGACGAGUAUAGGCUGUUCUGUUACAGAGAUUUAAGUAGCCUGCCCCUUUAAGACUCUGAGGGCAGUGAAGGACUGCAGACUUUCUUCAGGUUGGUGGCGUCCUCUGCUGUUUGAAUCUGGGUACUGCACUUAAAAUAUUCCCCUAGGUCAAAAUCAUUUUUUUAUUUAGUGCAGAAUAAUCACUUGAAAUGCACUUUUUCCAUCUAAUAUAUUUUUCAUACCCUCAUGACUCCUAUUAGAACAAUUUUUUUUUUUUUCAGAGUAGAAUUUUGCACUUGUGUGUAUAUAUAUGCAAAUAAUUUCUACUAUUCAUUUUGUGAAAGGAGAUGUGAAUAAUACCCCUCAAAUUACUCCCAUUUUUUAAAUUUUGGUUUACUUUUCUAUUUUAGUGUGUGUAUAUAUAGAGUGAGUUUGUGCUGAAGAAAAUAAUUGAGUUACCAUUCCAGCAGUUCUCUUGACUAGGUCCAUAUUAUUGGGCUGCUAGUCAAUUUACAGUUGAGCUGAAAUGUAAACAUUUUGUGAAAGAAAAAAAACCUUUAUAUUUUAAAGAGGAGAUUUUAGACAGGAUUUGCCGCUGAAUGGAUUGCUAUGCUAAACCUUAUAUGUUAAAGAAAAUGAUGAAAUGAUGUAUAAAACUGGACACAGAAAUACAGUUUGUAUUUUAUCUGUAGAGGGAACUGGGGGGAAAAGUUGCAAUCCAGACACGUUGCAAAACCAGCUGAUGUAAAAUAUAGAUAUAGACUUUAUUUUGUUUAUAAAAGUGUAUAAUUUAAAGGUGUACAUGUUUUUUUUUUUCUGUAUGUUGCAUUUUUCCAAGCAAGUUUUGUGGUUUGUUUUUGAAGCAUAAAUAAAAAUGUUAUGUUUAC